AGUAGCUAAACAGAGAGAGAGAGAGAGACAGUUGAAUAAGAGAUAGAGCAAGAGGCCUUGUGUGUUUUACCUCUUGUGAUCUUUUAAAAGUAGGCAAGGAUUGUUGUGAAGUUUUUCUUCUUUUUUUUUAACUCAUCACCUGUUGAAGAUGCAGAGAAUGUUGCUCAGGUUGAUUUUUUGCACCAAGAGCCUGUCCUGAAUGUGUUCAACAGCCAACUGCGUUCUCCCACUGAGGAGAACCUGUGAGGUAUUAGCUACUCCAGGCAGGCUGUGUGGGGGAGUGUCCAUGCCAGCUAAUUUCCCUGGAGCCAGGUCUCAUGGAGCUCCUCAGGACACAGAGAUGGAUGUGGCUUGGCAGGAGCUGAUGGCCAUCUCAGAGCUGCAGGAGUUUGAAGUCCCUGGUGAAGGCUCCUAUGAAACAGCACAGUACCAAACCAUGGAGCCCAUGGUCCCUAUGGGAGGGUAUGGGAUGGCCCAGCCUCAUCCUGAGCGUCCCCCUGCUGCUUGUGAGCUCAGCACUGCUGACAGUUACAAUGGAUGUUACUCUGAAGAGGUGCCUGUCUGUCAUCGUCUGGGAAGCAACAUGGAGGCGAUGUACGGACACCCAGAAUCUCAGCUCAAUCAAAGAAUGCUCCCCAUCUCUUCUCAAGCACAGCCCUCACUCAUGGCUCAUAGGGAACAGAUGAACAUGUCAGGUACCAGUCAAGGGCACAGGAGAGCCGGCGCUUGUUUCUCUCAGGGUCUAAGUCGGCACAUGCUGUGGACUACACAUGGACAGAAUUCACAUGUGCGCUCAGCUGAUGAUCUGGAGUCAGACUCUGGGCUGUCUCUGGGGUCGAGUCCACCCUUGGCCUCCCCCGAUAAUCCUGCUGGUGGUGCACCAAAUUACCAGAGUGUAGACAUAGGCAUGACAUAUAGUGACGGUGAACCAGACAGCAUGACUGAGCAUGCCAGAAGAGCACACAUCCAUUACUCAAUGGACUACCAGAGUCAGUCUCAAUCAUAUUUACACUCAGGUGCACACCCAUCUUAUUUUUCACCCCAGCCCACUUUAUCUCAUGCACAACCUAAUCCUCUGACUCAGCGGUCAGUGAAACAGCAAGGCCAGGCUGCUGUUCUGAAUGACCUGUACAAUGACUCUGGAAUGUCCAGCAGAGGGAGCUCACAGCACAACAUGUACACAAAACCACAAGGAAGCACCUCCAGUCCUGCUCCACUGAGCAGAGAUGAACGGCGGGCAAUGGCUUUGAAGAUUCCCUUCCCCAUGGAUAAGAUUAUCAACCUGCCCGUCGACGACUUCAAUGAGCUUCUGACACAGUACACCCUGACAGAUACUCAACUAGCACUGGUUAGGGACAUUAGGCGGAGAGGGAAGAACAAGGUGGCGGCUCAGAACUGCAGGAAGAGGAAGCUUGAGAGCAUAAUUCACCUCGAACGUGAACUGAACCAGCUGCAGGCCCAGAGAGAGCACCUGGCACAGGAAAGGCUCGAGUUCCAGCGCAGCUUGGCGUUCAUUAAAUGUCGCCUUACAGACCUCUAUGCAGAAGUAUUCUCUCACUUGAGAGAUGAAGAUGGACAGCCAUACUCAAUAGAUGAAUACUCCUUGCAACAGACACCUGAUGGUAAAAUUUAUUUGGUACCUCACACAAGUAUGCAAAAGAGAGAGCAAUGCUAAAGAAUUGGGGGUGGUCUUUCAUUACUUAUUUAUGCUCCUGCAUUAGGUAUUCUGCCAACCAAUUGUGCCAAAUGAGUACUUCAACUGGCUGGAAGUUACAUAUUCAGUUUUUGUGGUUUAGGCUUAAUCCUCAUAUGUAAA